GCAAAUGGGCUUGCCCAACACAUGAGCUUCCGUCCGUCCGUCCGUCCGACGCCCCCAAGGCCGGCCCCAUUCCUACCUUCCUCUCUCUCACCCGUCAUCGCCUCCUCCGACCUUCACCACCGACGGCGGCGAUGCAGGCGGCGGUGUGGAGGCGUCACCUCCUCGACCACCACCUCUCCCCCACCACCUCGGCCGCCAUCGCCGCCUUCAGAUCCGCCUCCCAGCCCGCGCUCACUCCCCAAGGGUUGUGUGGAGCGGAUGGCGCGAGGUACAUGUCGUCCGCGAGGGCGCCGGCUGUCAAGGGGUCGGGGUAUCUCGUCCGCAAGGGCACCGGAGGGAGGUCUUCUGUGAGUGGAAUUGUAGCUACGGUGUUUGGAGCUACUGGGUUUCUUGGACGCUAUCUUGUGCAACAACUUGCAAAGAUGGGAUCUCAAGUGCUUGUCCCGUUCAGAGGUUCUGAGGAUUGCCACCGCCACCUGAAGUUGAUGGGUGACUUGGGCCAGAUUGUGCCAAUGAAAUACCAUCCAAGAGAUGUGGAUUCAGUCAAGGCUGUCAUGGCCAGGUCAAAUGUGGUCAUUAACCUCAUAGGACGGGAGUAUGAAACAAGGAACUACGGCUUCGAAGAAGUAAACCAUCAUAUGGCUGAACAACUUGCAAUGAUUGCUAAGGAGCAUGGGGGUAUCAUGAGAUUUAUCCAGGUUUCUUGCCUAGGGGCAUCACCCUCUUCUGGAUCUAGAAUGUUGAGGGCAAAAGCUGCAGGAGAGGAAUCAGUCUUGAAAGAAUUUCCUGAGGCUACAAUCGUGAGGCCUGCAACCAUGAUUGGCACAGAAGACCGGAUUUUGAACAACUGGGCACAUUUCGCAAAGAAUUGGGGCUUCCUCCCACUUGUUGGCGGUGGAUCUACAAAGAUUCAGCCUGUUUAUGUUAUAGAUGUUGCUGGUGCUAUUGUCAACUCCCUGAAGGAUGAUGGCACAAGCAUGGGGAAGACAUAUGAACUAGGCGGACCGGAAAUUUACACAGUCCAUGAGCUGGCUGAGCUGAUGUACGAGACAAUCCGUGAAUGGCCUAGAUAUGUUAAUGUUCCUCUUCCUGUUGCAAGGGCCAUUGCUUCACCGAGGGAAAUGUUGCUAAACAAAGUGCCUUUUCCUUUGCCAACCCCAUCCAUUUUCAACUUAGAUCAGAUCUAUGCAUUCUCUACGGACAACAUCGUGUCUGAAAAUGCUCUGUCUUUCAAGGACCUCGGAAUCAUUCCUCACAAGCUGAAGGGGUACCCGGUGGAGUUCCUCGUGAGCUACAGGAAGGGUGGACCAUCUUUUGGCUCUACUGUGAGCGAGAAGAUGACAAGCUCGGAGAUGUAGCCUCCUACCAUUCAUGAAUACACUGUAGAUUUAAUCCUUCAGUUGCAGAUACAUUGUUGUGUUUAUUGUCUGGCCAUCUGUCGCCGCAGCUGCUCCUGCCAGCUACUCACAGUGGGUAGGACCGAAUUCCAUGCAUGGCUCCUGCUCUUGUUUACAUCAAUAAGUAAGAACGCUCAUAUUUUUGUGUAAUUUUGAGUUGAGAUGCAAGUGAAGCGAAUCAUUUCAACCGUGACGAAACAAUUGCGUGUGAUUUCAGAGCAUAAUCAUCCUUGAUUCUAUGAACA